UAUUCACCAUUAUUGAUUCCUAAGUGUAAGCUGUCUUUCAGCAGACGAAUGUUUCCAUGGUUACAAGAACUUCUAAAUGCGCAAGUCUGUGGUGAUAUGUUUACUAUUAGAAAUACACAACAAGGGAUUAGCAAUGUGAUAUAAUUAAGUAUAUCUGAAUGAUGAAGAAUUUAUACAUGUGUGUAACAUGAAAACCAAUUAUGGAGUACAAGAACCUACAUAAAAUCAUAUUUAUACUUGUCUACUAUACAUACCAUGCUGAUGGUAUCGGAUGUUUCAGAUGUACCUCCAUGAAUGGAAAUAACAAAGAAUGUGAGGACACAUUUAAUAACACUGGAGGGUUUUAUGUCACAGAUUGUUGGGCGAGUCGAAAAGACCGAAUGGGGAUGUUUCCUGCUACAGAAUGUAUUAAGAUGACUGUUACUGAUGAAAACGAUGACGGCCAGGAAUUUAGUUUAGUGGUUAGAGAUUGUGUAGUAGAUAACGGAGGUACAAAUUCUGAGACUGAAAUUGGUCGCCAAAGCCACUGUGGAUGGAUGAAAGUUUUACAAUAUAAUGGCGAGCGGAUGCGAGGGUGUAUACUUAGCUGUGAUCUAGAUGGAUGCAACACAGGACAAAAACUUUCAGCAGUUUCUCUUUGGAUAUUCAUAUUACUUGUUGUAUACUUAAUACUUCAAUGAAAAGUACUUGUUAUAUAUAUUUAUCUAAUCCUACAUUGAAUAACCAGACUUUUUCAUUGAUCAAAACCAGGGACAAAACCUUUUUAAGAAUCACAAAUCAUUGUUGAAGAUGAAAUCAAUUAAACUGUCGUUACUCUUUUAUACUGAAAACAUUUAAAGGAUUUUGGAACAGACUAUCAGUGCAGUGUCAAAAUGAGAAACAGUUUAUAUUUUGGAAUACAAUUUCUACCAAUGUUUUGAAAAUAUAGUGGGAUUUGAUUUUAACGUCCCAUUGCAGGCAGGCUUCAUGUGUUUAUUGCAAAAAAGUCUGCAACAUGGUGAUUGGAUUAUAAUAUCUAUGACUGCUUUUGAAUCAAUGGUGGAAUUGAUUAAGGAGAGUUAUCUGUAAACUAUUCAUAAAUCAAAGAAUUUGUCAUAAAGAUUAGUUAUUUGUAAUGUUUGUAGAAUGUUAGUUUAGAGAAAACAAUCAUUGACUAGGUGCUAAAGUUCAAAUACAAUUUAUUUUCCUUCACGUAGCAGUACAUCCUUUGUUUGAUGUUUAAAAGUCAUAUGUCAACCCUUGAAUUACAAGAUGAUUUAAAUCAGACCAUUAAUUUGGCUCCGUUAUAUUUGCUGGGACAAGCAAAUUUAACAUUACAUGUGCUGGGACAGACAAAUUUAACAUUACAUGUGCUGGGACAGGCAAAUGUAACAUUACAUAAAUUUGCUGGGCCAGGCAAAUUUAACGAAUCAAAGUUAUAGAUCUGAUUUUAUUCAAAGUGCUUAAAAUAGAUCUCAAUUAAAUACAUUAUAGAUCUAUGUGUUUCAAUUCGAGAUAUAAAUACACAAGCAUCUGGUAUAUGGCAAGCAAACUAUAUUUUUAUAAUGAAUGCAAAUAGGUAUCACCGUUUGCCAUAUAAUUUAAUACAUAUUUUAAACACUAUUUUUUUUGUGGAUGUCAAUUUAAUGAAACCUGAAAGCCAUAUUCAUAUGGUAUUUGUAUACUAAUAAUCAUACAUCAUAACAAUUAUUUUUGAUGUUUAAUCAUCGGGUUAAAAAUGUAAGUUAUUUUGUAUGUAACUAACACUGUCAAUAGCAAACAUAAACAUUUGCGAUAAUGCAUCUGAAUAGUUCCCAGCUUACAUUUGGCUUACAGAGAGAAUAGAACAAUAUGAUAGUACCUACUAUAACAUCACUUGCUGUUAUAAUACAUUUUUAUCGAAUUCCAUACAACUAAACAAUUUAAAGACGGUACUUUUGGAAUUCUUGAUAAAGGCUUAAAUCUGAAUUUUUUAAGUGCAUGAUUUGUUUUAGAACAAAGCCUUUUCAGUAUCUAGGACAAUAUUUACUUAUAAAUUUGUAAGUGCAUACUCAAUUUAUAAGGCAAAAUUGUUUCUCGUAAUUGACAAGUUAUUUUGAUUUAAAAAGAAAUAGUUUUCAAUAAGAUUACAGAAAACAUACUCUAUAAACAAAAGUCCUAAAAUUAAUUUUAAAAACUAAUAGUUUUAAAUAAGAUAGCAGAAAAAAUACUCUAUAAACAAAAGUCCUAAAAUUAAUGUUUAAAAAAGAAGCAUGGAUGUUUACCAGCCAUCCAUUAAAAUAAAAAGACAUUUAACCAACAAUGACUUAUAAUGGGUGUACGUCAGUAGGAAUAUUACUGACAACUAUUUGUUGUUGUUGAUUAUGUUGUUACAGCAUUGGAAUGCAUGUGAACCAUUUUGUUUAGUUAUUAAUUAUGUUAUAAUGAAUUGAUUGCAUGCAUGUAUACAUUGUAGACAUCAAUUAGUUAUCGAAAUAAAUAACUGUUAAGAUAA